AAUGAUACGUUCAAAACAACUCGGAACUGGGAAUCCCGAAAUCCGACUUCAGUCUGUUAAAACAAAUGGAAACUCGCACAACAAAAGGGGCUCCGACUGGAAAAAWWKUGAUUUGAACGGUCAUCCAACUCGGAAUUUCAACUCGUGAACUCGGCCUCUUACCAGAGCUCCGACUUAUCACCUUAAAGAUCCCUGACGUAAUGAUCUGACAUCGUAUUGUUCCAAGUUCCCAGUGGUUUUGAACGCGCCAUCUUAUCAACGUGAAAGUUGUUAACGUUAGUCAACACACUGCAACUGCAGCGCUACAAGGAAAUAGAUCGAUUGUUGCAAAAUAUGUUGCCAUAGAACGACAUAUACAAGGGUAAAAAAAAGCCUAGACGAUAACAAAAUGAGCUGUCUGCAAGAUGAAUUUGAGCUGGAGAAAAGUGUCAGGCGGUUCAGGGAGACAUUCCAUGGAAAGAUAGCGGUGGAAAAGGCAACCUUACUGAUGAGACGCUAUGCCAACAAUCAUCAAAUGGUCACCUGGGCAGUUAUACUGAAGAAAGGCAACGAGCUGGAUGAUGAGGACAGAAAAUGCUUAGAGACGGAUCAGGCAGUCAAGAAUGUGGUGCAGAGACUCACAGCUGAGGACAGGGAACCUCUGGUCCCUCCUGCACAACAGCACCGAGGAAGCAGACAGCCUGAAGACGAUAAUGAUAUCAAGGAGCUGGGAGAAGCGUCUGCGGUUGCCUGCCUCUUCACUGAGAAGAACAAGAGAAUGUUUGAUAAUGUAUCUCGCUGUCACCUGUGCAAGAAGAAAUAUGACCCUGUCCCUUAUGACAAAAUGUGGGGUAUUGGAGAGUUCUGCUGCACCAAAUGCACACGCUCCUUCAGYGGCUUUGGGAGGAUGGAUUUGGGCUCCCCCUGCUACUCCUGCCGAACUCUGGUGAUCCCAACAGAGAUUCUUCCUCCACGCAAGGGAGGGGUAGGAGUAGUAGGACCCAGAAAACCUACCCCACACAGCUGCCUCGCUGAGGACUGUUACAACAGACAAGAGCCCCAUGUUCCUGGGACAGAGUGUGUCCACCCCCGCAGUCGCCAGAGGAACAGGAAGCCUCGCGUGGUCAAUCCCAGCUCCAUCCACAUCAGCUCCGGCUCCACCGUCAACACCUGCCUGAGCCAAGGAAGCCUGGAGAACCUGUACGACCUCAUCAUGGAUGACAUCAGAGAGGAGAGUGAAGAGGACAACASUAGUGGUAGCAGCAGCAGCUAGAGCAGCACUGAUGUUACCAGUGACCAACAGUCGUGAGCAGCUUCCAUGCUUCCCCAAUGGUGCUUCCAACGAUCAGGAUAUGAUGGCUUACCCUUAGGUUCACAUGUCC